UGUGGAAAAAGUUUGGACACCCUUGUUCUAAAUGAAUGUUUUGGGUUUGAUGUCAGAGGACCAUGUGACGGAGACAGAGGUCGCCCCCAUGUGAUGUGACUGAUUCCUGGCGGACUGCGCUCGUCUGUUAUGGCUCCUCCUGCCACAGCGGUAAGGCCGAGACGUAACACCAGCGGAGGGGAACGGGAAUAACCCGACAACCGUGCGACUUUCUAUCCGGACGAUGACAGAUGCCACCAUGCUCCUGAAAAAAGCCUAGACGAUGUGCUCGCCUCUUCUGCUGUGAAGGCUUCGACUUUUUCUCCACCAUUAUCAACACAACCAAAUGAACUCCGUCAGAGCAAGUAACGUUAGCAGAAGACCAAGGCGAGUGUCGAGGCCGCGCCCGGUACAGCCGGAGAGGAACCACCAGGAAAGAGAUGAGGACGUUCCUGCAGAUAUGGUUGCAGAAGAAUCUGGUCCAGGAGCUCAGAACAGUCCCUACCAACUUAGAAGAAAGUCUCUGCCUAAGAGGACAGUGUGUCCAACAAAGACAAACAUGGAGGGUGCUUCCACUUCAACCACAGAAAACUUUGGACAUCGACCUAAGCGACCCAGAGUUUCAGGAAAAUGCCAAGAUUUACCAGCAGCAGCUCCAGCAGAGCAAUAUUUGCAGGAGAAGCUUCCAGACGAGGUGGUUCUAAAGAUCUUUUCAUACCUGCUGGAGCAGGACUUGUGCCGCUCCGCUUGUGUGUGCAAGCGCUUCAGUGAGUUGGCCAACGACCCUAUCCUCUGGAAAAGGCUUUACAUGGAAGUUUUUGAAUACACACGACCCAUGAUGCAUCCUGAGGCAGGAAAGUUCUACCAAAUAAACCCAGAAGAAUAUGAGCAACCAAAUCCCUGGAAGGAAAGUUUUCAACAGUUGUAUAAAGGAGCUCACGUUAAGCCAGGCUUUGCGGAACACUUCUACAGUAAUCCUGCAAGAUACAAAGGAAGAGAUAACAUGUUUUAUUAUGACACCAUAGAGGAUGCCCUCAGAGGGGGCCAGGAGCCUCACUUUGACGGCCUCAUAUUUGUCCAUACUGGUAUUUACACAGAUGAAUGGAUCUACAUAGAGUCACCCAUCACAAUGAUCGGAGCUGCUCCUGGGAAAGUGGCAGAGAAAGUCAUUAUUGAAAAUACCCGGGACUCCACGUUUGUCUUCAUGGAAGGUUCUGAAGAUGCCUAUGUUGGGUACAUGACCAUCAGGUUUAACCCUGAUGAUAAAUCCGCCCAGCACCACAAUGCACACCAUUGCUUGGAAAUUACGGUCAACUGCAGCCCAAUUAUUGACCACUGCAUCAUACGAAGCACCUGCACAGUGGGAUCAGCUGUGUGCGUUAGUGGUCAAGGAGCUUGUCCGACAAUCAAGCACUGCAACAUUAGUGACUGUGAAAAUGUUGGUCUUUACAUCACUGACCAUGCACAGGGAAUUUAUGAGGACAAUGAGAUCUCAAACAACGCUUUGGCUGGGAUCUGGGUGAAAAACCAUGGUAACCCAAUCAUCAGACGGAAUCACAUCCACCACGGCAGAGAUGUCGGUGUUUUUACAUUCGACCACGGCAUGGGUUACUUUGAAAGCUGCAACAUACAUCGGAACCGCAUCGCCGGCUUUGAGGUGAAAGCUUAUGCCAACCCAACGGUGGUGCGCUGUGAGAUCCAUCACGGCCAGACAGGAGGCAUCUAUGUGCAUGAAAAGGGCCGUGGCCAGUUCAUUGAAAAUAAGAUUUAUGCAAAUAACUUUGCCGGCGUGUGGAUCACUUCUAAUAGCGACCCCACAAUACGGGGGAAUGCCAUAUUUAACGGCAAUCAAGGUGGGGUGUAUAUUUUUGGUGAUGGUCGAGGUCUCAUUGAAGGAAACGACAUCUAUGGCAACGCCUUGGCAGGGAUUCAGAUCAGGACAAACAGCUGCCCUAUUGUCAGACAUAAUAAGAUCCACGACGGCCAGCAUGGUGGAAUUUAUGUGCAUGAGAAAGGACAAGGCGUCAUUGAGGAGAAUGAAGUGUACAGUAACACACUUGCUGGAGUGUGGGUCACAACAGGGAGCACGCCAGUUUUGAGGAGGAACAGGAUACACAGCGGGAAGCAGGUGGGGGUCUACUUUUAUGACAAUGGCCACGGGGUGCUGGAAGACAAUGACAUUUACAAUCACAUGUAUUCUGGAGUUCAGAUAAGAACUGGCAGCAAUCCCAAGAUCAGGCGCAACAAAAUCUGGGGAGGACAGAAUGGAGGCAUUUUGGUUUAUAACUCAGGUCUGGGCUUUAUUGAGGACAAUGAGAUCUUUGACAACGCUAUGGCAGGAGUGUGGAUCAAGACUGACAGCAACCCCACUUUAAGAAGAAAUAAGAUCCAUGAUGGGAGAGAUGGUGGAAUCUGCAUAUUUAAUGGAGGACGAGGUUUGCUUGAGGAAAACGACAUCUUCAGGAAUGCCCAAGCAGGCGUCCUCAUUAGCACCAACAGUCACCCCGUGUUAAGGAAAAAUAGAAUAUUUGAUGGCUUCGCUGCAGCAGGUAUCGAAAUCACCAAUCACGCCACGGCGACUUUAGAGGGCAAUCAGAUCUUCAACAAUCGCUUCGGAGGGCUUUUUCUCGCAUCUGGUGUCAACGUUACGAUGAAAGAUAACAAAAUAAUGAACAAUCAAGAUGCAAUUGAAAAGGCUGUGAGCAGAGGUCAGUGCCUGUACAAGAUUUCAAGUUACACCAGCUACCCAAUGCACGAUUUUUACAGGUGCCACACCUGUAACACGACAGACCGCAACGCCAUCUGCGUAAACUGCAUCAAGAAGUGCCACCAGGGACACGACGUGGAGUUCAUCAGACACGAUAGGUUUUUCUGCGACUGUGGCGCCGGGACGCUGUCAAAUCCUUGUACAUUAGCCGGAGAGCCGACGCACGACACAGACACACUGUACGACUCGGCACCUCCUAUAGAGUCUAAUACGCUGCAGCACAACUGAGCUCAAAACCCUCAAGUGUCCUGUAGCGCCUUAACAAUGGACGCUUUGGACCACUGCGGAGGAGGAAACCCAAACAAAUACAGACGCUCACAGUGACUAAAAAAAACAGACUUGGACAUACAAUGCCUCGCCUUUUUUCCCCCCUUAAUUUUAUAAAAAAAAAACAAGUUACAGUAACAGGAGAGCUGAAGAGCAGGUGGUUGAGGAAAGAAAACAAUGACAACCGCCAGCGUGGCUCAUCAGCUUCGGAGAAAAAAAAAUGCAGUCAUGUACAAAGUUGUGGUGAAAAGAGGCUGCGUUGUAAAGAAGGCCCGUGCAGGCCGCAAUGCUUCCAUCAGUGAGUGGCCCAGCUGCUCGCUAAAUACGUAUGAGGAAAAAUGACCUAGCACUUCAGCUUUUUUUUCACUCAACACGAUUUGAUUUUAAUGCUUUUUGUGUAGUUUUGUAUUUUCAUGCAAAAACAUUACUGUACUUGAAUGUCUUUAUUUUAUUAAAUGUUUUAUUUUUCGUUUUAUUAUAUCCCAGAAUUGCUGUAAGUAUACUCAUGUCGCAGUAUCUAACUUCUUUCUGUGAAAGAGAUGAGGGAAACACUUUAAUGGUUUCUCCUGCAACACUGCCUCUUUUUAUUCUAAGGAACUGUUGAAAUGUCAUAUACAUAUUGUAUUUGUUGAACUUGAUAGUCUCCUCUUUUCUUUUCAAACUUAAAACGUGACUGUUUCAUGUUAAAAAAGGUACAGAAUAUAAAAUACAUGACCAAAAUCCUUAUUUCCACAAGACAUUGCAGCUUCAAUAUAUUGUUGCUACCGAAUCAGGUCCUGUGAAUUCUGUUUUUAUUUGCCAAUGUUGCAGGAGAAUCUCUUAGGCUUUUACUCCAUUGAAGCUGAGACAAGUAUUUUACACACAGCGCUAUAUGGCUUCAUUAUACCCUUCCCCUCCCCCAUUCAUGUGUACUAGUGAUUGUGGGUUCUCAUUCAGACUGAAAUGUAUGCAUGUAUCAUAACAUCUAGACUUAAUAUAUUGUGAAGUAUUCAAUAACCGUUAUGUAGGCUCUAGUUUGAAUUAAAAGGGUUUAAUUUCCUAGGUGAAACAUUGUCCUUUUUUAAAAAAAAAUAAACUUUAUUGGAUCAUG